GAAGUUAAAAAUGUCAAAUAAACGAAAAUAAAUAAGGUAAAAAAGUAGCGUAAGAUAAGAAAUAAAAAGUAUACUUGGGCGUGUGCAAUUAUGCGUGUCAGUAUUAAUUACGUGGCGUGUUCUUAUUGGGAUAAUGAAUCGAUUGCAUACUAAAAAGGAAGAAGGAAGAAUCAGAAGUCGCGUCUUUUGUUUUUUUCUUUUUCUCUUCUGUUUUACUGUGAAACGUACGUCAUAAAUGUCCUUGAAGCAUAAAAUAUAUUUAUAAAGAAUAUUUAAUUGAUCGUCAUAGUGAUAAAAUGGUUCAAUUAUCAGUCAUCACGUACUUUUUACGUUCGAUAAUUAUAAUAUAUAUCUAUAAUGUAAAAAAAAGGUUCUAACGUACUAAUAAACAAUUUCUAACUCAUUUACAUUAGAGCCGAUUUCUUUAUCGUUCUUGUCGUAAAAACUUAGAAAGUAAUAUUCCUAUUGCCACAACUGUCUACUUUAAACUAUGAUCGAAGGAAGAUGCACGCACCAUCGUAUGCAUUUACAACAAUGCAUGUCAAUUUUACGCGGUGAAUCCAACAAAGGUUUCCCAUAAAAGGUCGAUUAGUGGUUCCAACGUACAUAAUGGGGGAUCCUGUUUUUUUUUGUGUGCUCUGCCAAAUCAACGAUUCACAAGUAUACGAGAUUUUAUCGUUAUCGUAUAGUAGAUAACGUUAACGUGUAUACGUAUAGAAGCUAAACGUAGAACGCUGUUGCAGCGUUUAGCUUCUAAUUUCUCGCAUUACGUGUAUCCGAUUUCGGAUUGUUCGUUAUAUCGUUCUAUCUACGUACUACGAACGGACGUAAUAUUUCCGCGCGCGUAUAUUACGACGAAGAUCGUAACGUUGAAAUUAAAAAAAAAAAGCAAACAGAACAAAAAGAGAAAAGAUUUAUUAUCUAAUUGUAAAAAACAAAAAAAGAAAAAGAUUCGCGAUAUGACGUACGUGAACUAUUUGACGUUGACUACAAUACUCCUCCUAAUCACGUGUACCGUCGUUAAGUGUUACAUCAUGGAAGAAACUAAACUUUUGAGAUUAUGUGUACCGCAAAAGUCAUGCGAAAGCUGUUUAGAAGCUCACGAUUCUUGUGCUUGGUGCAGUGAUUGGUCGUAUUCAAAUUCAACUCUGGGUAAACCGAGAUGCAAUUUACCGGAACGAUUAAAAGCAUUUGGUUGUCCGAUAGCAGAAAUCAGAAAAGCACCAAGCGCAUACAUGCAGUAUAUAGAAAAUGAAGAUUUUCAAGAUGUUGCGAAAAAUCAAUUACCGGUGCAAUUGAAACCGCAAAAGGUUUACCUCAAGCUAAGACCAAAUUCCAAAAUGGAAAUUAAUCUUCAGUAUCGACCGGCGAAAAACUAUCCGUUAGAUUUAUACUAUUUGAUGGAUUUAACAUGGUCGAUGAGAGACGACAAAGACACUCUCGUUGGUUUGAGCAGAAAAAUGGCAGGAACUUUGGGAAAUUUCACGAACAAUUUUCGUCUUGGGUUUGGUAGUUACGUCGAUAAGCCAUUGAUGCCGUAUAUUUUUCCUGGACACGAAAAUAAUCCUUGUAAAAGCCAACAUACUACGUGUGCUCCACUUUAUUCGUUUAAACAUCAUCUUCCUUUAACCGGGGAUGUCAAUGAAUUCGUACGAAAGGUGAACAAUAGCGACGUUACCGGUAAUGUUGAUAAUUUGGAAAGUGGUCUGGAUGGUGUCAUUCAAGCUAUAGUUUGCGAAAACGUUAUCGGGUGGGGACAUCAAGCACGAAAACUAAUGCUUCUUGCUACCGAUGGAUACUUGCAUUUUGCUGGCGAAGGAAAGUUAGGAGGAGCCAUUAAUCGACAGGAUUUCCUAUGCCAUUUAGAUGAACAGGGUCAAUAUUCUCUCGCCAAGGAAUACGAUUAUCCUUCGUUAGGCGAAGUAUCAAGAUUACUCAAAGAACACAAAGUCAAUUUGAUAUUCGCUGUCACGGAGGAUCGUCGCGAGGAAUACGAAAUGAUGGCAGAUUUGCUCAAAGAAAAAGCUAGAGUAGCAACUCUGGCUGGUAACAGUUCGAAUAUUCUUGAAAUUAUUCAAAAUUCUUAUCACGAGAUCAUAUCGAAAUUAGUUUUUCGCGAUAACUCGACUAGCCCAUUGAAAUUAGAAUAUUUUUCUAAUUGCGGGAAGGAUGGAAUGCAAUUAAAUACGGCCGAGUGCGAUGGUAUUCAAGAAGGUCAAAUAUAUGAUUUCAAGGUCGUCUUUUCAAUGGAAUCCUGUCCGAGAAAUGAAACUCUUUGGAAACAAACAGUGAUAAUAGACGAUGCCUUGGCGUCAGAAGCAUCCGAAAUAAUCGUCCAAGUCGAACUGUUGUGCGGUUGCAAUUGCAAAGAUCAGGAGAGUUCGCGUUGUCAAAAUGGGAUAAACGAAUGUGGUAUUUGCAAAUGCGAUCCUGGAUGGUCUGGAGAAACGUGCGAUUGCGACGAGAGUUCUUGGAUUGAAAAUCGUUUGCAAUGCAUGGAAGAUGACUCGGAGGAGGUUUGUUCGGGUAAAGGGGAAUGCACUUGUGGUAGAUGUAAUUGCGAUGCCGGUUACAAUGGUCAAUUCUGCGAAUGCUCGCCUUGCGAUAAGACUGACGGAAUCGAAUGCGGUGGUCGAGGAACAUGCGAAUGCGGUACUUGUAAUUGCAUAGAAGGCUGGAAAGGAGAUGGCUGUCAAUGUCCAUCGGAGAAUAAACUUUGCAUUGCACCAGGAAGCAAUGAAAUCUGCGGGAAUCACGGAUAUUGCGAUUGUGGCCAUUGUCGGUGUAAUACUACAGCAGCCGAUGGCCUAUUUUAUCGUGGAACUUUCUGUGAAUCGUCAGCGAGUUCUGGUGGUAGCGGUCUUUGCAUUCUUUACGAUUCUUGCGUUAAUGCAACUGUGGAAGUUGCACAAGAUACCGAACAACUGUGUCAGACAAACACCAGUUUCUAUCAAAUUGAAAGAGUGGAUACUGUUGAUACAGGACACGAACAUUACUGUUUCAUUAGAACUACCAAAGAAAGAACAACUUGCAUCAUUCCUUACAUUUAUCAUUUUAACAAGGAUAAUACCGUGACAUUAAAAAUUGCCAACAAGUUUUGCCGUACGUCGUUGCAUGCAGCAUUUAUACCAGGGAUCAUCUUUAUUGCCAUUUUGAUCCUGGGUAUUAUAGGUUUAUGUAUAUGGAAAUGUUGGACUGCCAUACAAGAUAAAAGAGAGUACGCUAAAUUUGUAUUAGAAAAGCAGAAAACUGUAUAUUGUUUAGAUGAAAAUCCAUUGUUUAGGCCUGCCACGACUCAAUUCGAAGUACCAGUGGCGUAUAAAGACAAUUAAUUCUUACUCACAAUCAGAAUCAAAUUUACAAAGUUAUAUAUUAUUUUGGUCGAAAGAAAAACAAAAGUUGUGGGAUUAUUUAUUUGAAGAAAUACUUAGAGGUAAAGUGGACAUUGAUGAUUGUUUAGGAACAUCGUCGGAUAUUUCUUGUUGACACGUUUCAAUCCAAAAAUGAUUGCUAGGCAUAAAGUAAAUUGACUGCAAUUGCCAACAAAAAAAUAAACUUAAUUGUAUUUAACUUAUGUUAAUUUAAACAGGGUGCCUUGCAGUUGGCACCAAAAAUAUAUAUAGUUUUAUUUUUAAUAUAAAUUUGUAUAAAACUAAUUAAAUAUUCUUACGUCAUCCGAGAUACUUUUGACGAUCCAAAUAUAUUCAAAUGCAUCUUGAUACUUAAUCUCAAAAACAGGCCUAUUUUCAGACCAAAUUGCGUGUAUCGAAGAAUUGUCAGGAAAAGUGUAGGAACCUUUUCCAUUCAUCUGUCCACGCACGUCAAUUCCCCCUUUAUAUUGUGUUCCGUUGUUAUGACUUUUUUGUACAGUUAAAAAUAUAGAAAAUAGAGUAAUAGCAUUGAAAUGAAUCGAUAAUAAAAAAAAAAAGAUAUAUUAUAAAUCGUAUUA